AUGGCACGUCGCGGAUUCUCAAUAUUCGACCCUUGUCGGAUCUCCAAUCGGGAGCCCUGCGCGAAGAUACAAUCCGGUUGUGGCAUCUGUGGUAAGGAUGAACCACUUCUGGGAUGCUCCCGAUGCAGAGUGAUGGUUUACUGUGGCCGCGAGCAUCAGGUCGAACACAAAUCCACCUGCAAAGCUAUUGAAAGGGCCCGAGCUUCCCUGGAAGAGCAAGAGCAGAUUCUGCGUGAUUCAUCGAGCAGCGACCCCUUCAUUCAUGGCAGUAUCAACGAGUUCGGACCCGAGAUGCGCUCCUAUAUCCUCCAUCGAUGCGUGCUAGUGGGAAUGAUCAGCGGGAUUAACACUCGGGAAGCAGUUGAAAAGCAGUUGGAACAUUCCAUGGAGAUACUUCGCCUAUGUCCGAAGGACAACUUGGGUGCACGCAAGACUGUAGCUCCAAUGAUGAUUCGCCUCAACCAGGACCGGGAAUGUUAUGCUUUUCUCAAGUCUUGGGUGCUGGUUUCCAAUCGCUCAUAUGACAACUGGAGCAAUCCUGGGUUGCCACGCUUCAAUGUUGAGAGUGCUGAUAUAUUCGAGUCCGUGGAUAUGUUUUUGGGCUUGAAUAUCGGGAUCUCCCUGACCGUGCCUCUCUGUCUUCUGAAGCUGAAGACAUUUCUCGAUUUAAGCCUGGUGGAAGCUCAAAAGGGAUCUGCUCGGUCUACUGGCCCCGUCGGGACUUCUCGAGAGUAUUUCAACUCGCUACGAAAUGCAGUCACUCGCAGUCAAGCAUUACUAUCGACCCCCAACUUCACCAAUCCGACCACUCGCAUCUCCACCCUUUCGCGGCUUCAAUUUCAAGUGGACGUGCUGUUCAACGAAGUCAACAGGACACACCCCGACUUUUGGCCCGCUCUCCUCAAUCCCCAAGGAUUUCUUGAUCGCCCUUUCGUGGUUACAAGUGGUGGAGAAGAUUUCGUGGAUGAGACGCAGGGAAUUCUGAGUGCCUCAUAUGACGCUUGGCAUGACACGAUCGGUGCAAUCACUUUCGUUGAGGGGAAACUCGGCCACCGACGGUAA